CAAUAUAUAUACCUACGCAAGUUGCAAAAAAUUACGUUUGAUUUUUAAAUAUUAUCGGACAAUGACUAGGUUUGGUUUGGUCAUAAUAGCUGUGGCUUUUUAUGGAGCCUCAGCCGAAAAAGUAUUUCCAGACAGUUUCAAAUUUGGAGCAGCCGGUGCUUCCUAUCAAAUUGAAGGAGCCUGGAAUGAAGAUGGAAAAGGACCAAAUAUUUGGGAUACUUUUGUACAUGUACCAGGCAGGAUUAAAAAUAAUUCCACGGGUGACAUAGCCUGUGACUCUUACCACAAAUACAAAGAAGAUGUCGCAAUCCUGAAGGACUUGGGGGUGAAGUUGUACAGAUUCUCCAUUUCAUGGUCUAGAAUUAUGCCUGAUGGUACUCCAUACAACAUUAAUCAAGCUGGAAUUGAUUAUUAUGUUAAUUUGGUUCAUGAAUUAAUCGACAACGGUAUUGAACCAGUAGUUACUUUGUACCAUUGGGACUUGCCACAACAUCUUGAAGACCUUGGUGGUUGGUUGAACCCCAGAAUUGCUGACUAUUUUGGAGAUUACGCUAGGGUUGUAUACAAAGCAUUGGGACCUUAUGUUAAAUAUUGGAUAACUAUUAAUGAACCGGGUACUACUUGUGUCACUGGUUAUGGCCAGGCUGUCUUUGCACCAGGCAAAGAUCUCAUCGGCGACGGAGUCUACCAUUGCGCCCAAAACAGUGCAAAGGCUCACGCCAAGGCUUACAGAAUCUACGAAGCUGAAUUUAAACAACAAUACGGAGGAAAAGUAACCAUUAAUAUACCCAGUGCCAUGUACUAUCCAAAGACUACCAGCAGCUUGGAUGCAGAAGCUGUUGAAAGAACUUUUGAAUUUAAUGUUGGACUGUAUGCUAAUGCCAUCUUCAAAAGCAAUUGGCCCCAAGUAGUUAUCGAUAGAGUAGCUAACAGAAGUAAAUUGGAAGGAUAUUCCUUCUCCAGAUUGCCAGAAUUCUCCCAAGAGGAAAUUGAAUAUAUUUCUGGAACCUAUGACUAUUUUGCUUUAAAUAUGUACUCAAGCAGCAUUGUGGAGUAUGCUGAUGAAUGGGCAAUUUCCAGUCCAACAAUUUGGUUAGAUAUAGGCACUAUAACUUCAAUAGACCCCUCAUGGCCCAAAAGCGCCUCACCCUGGCUCAAUUCGGACCCACCAGGAUUAAGAUACGUUCUUAACAACAUUCAGGAAAAAUACAAUCCCAGCGAAAUCAUUAUUACUGAAAACGGUUGGUCUGACACUGGAGAAUUGGAUGAUCAAAAAAGAAUCACAUACUGCAAGGAAUAUCUGAGUAAUAUUUUGGACGCAAUCCUUGAAGAUGGCAUCAAUGUUACUGGUUACACCUUAUGGAGUCUUCUAGAUAACUUUGAAUGGGCUGAAGGAUUUACCCAACGUUUUGGAAUAAUUCAAGUUGACUUUGAUAGUCCAUCGAGAACAAGGACAUACAAGAGCUCAGCUCAUUGGUAUAAGAGGGUCAUUCAAGCCAGAGCAAUUGUAGAUUAAUUUUCUCAUGAAUAAAUAUAUUUUAGAAAUCAUAAUGGCUAUGUUACGUACCGGAGUACUCAAAGAUAGCGCAACCGAUUAUCUGAUAGAUCAGACGAUUCAAUAUACGGGGGCAAGAUAUUAUGUCCAAUUUAA